AUGUCACAGAGGGAGGUCAGAAGGGCAUCAGCAAUGGCAGCAGUGGGGCAUAUUCGGUCUAAGGCCAAAGCACGGUUGCUGCCAGGCCUGGACAGAAAGAGGAGCCGUCUCAGCAGGACAAGGCGGGACCUGUGGGGAGAGACAAGCUGGAGCAACCAAAGAUGGAGCCGAGCUGCCCCCGGCCCUCAGGGGGCCAGGGCAAGGGGCCUGACUCUUGGCAGGAGCGAGUCCAGCCCUGAGAAUGCUGCCCGUGAGCGGAGCCGGGUAAGGACACUGCAGCAGGCCUUCCUGGCCUUGCAGGCCACUCUGCCUGCCGUGCCACCUGACACCAAGCUCUCCAAGUUGGAUGUGCUGGUGCUGGCCACCAGCUACAUAGCACACCUCACUCGCACACUUGGCCACGAGUUGCCCGGCCCCGCCUGGCCACCCAUCCUGCAUGGACUCCGCUACUUGCACCCUCUCAAGAAAUGGCCGAUGCGAUCUCGUCUCUAUGCUGGAGGCCUAGGAGGUUCUGGCCUUGACUCCACCACAGCCACUGCAUCGGGUCAAAGAACAAGAGAUGCAGAGGUGGCGCCCCGAGUCUCUGGAGAGGCAGAUGCUUUCCUUCCCACCAAGCCACUCUCGCCAGCUCUUGGUGACAAGUGAUCAUCACACUCACCCUUUUCUCCUAGACUGCGCCUCACACGUAGGGACCUGGACUUUCUACCAGUCUUACCUGCUUCUCAGUCUUACCUCUCAGCCAUCAGGUUUGGCUCAGGCUCUGCUCCAGGGUCCAGUACACAGACCAAGUGAAGCAGUGGGCACUUCUGUGGUGGAGAGUGCAGAAGAACACAGGAUGGAGAUCCCCUUCUUGGCCUCCAGGGCAGGUCUCCUCAGGUUCUUCUAUGGCAGCUACCAGGAAGUGGGAGUGGGAGGGGUUAAUUGGGUUCAAAGUUGAGUUAGAGCACCACACAGCUCUUAGCUUCUCUCCCCCUGGUUUCUACAAAACCUCUGCAGAUGUGGAGAAGAUCGCGCAGGGAGGACAGCACCAGUCCCAGGGGCUGAUGGGAAGGCCAGAGGCCUGAGAGGCUCUUGGUGGCUGGAGUCACACGGCCAGAGGGGAAACUGAAGAAUGGAAUGUGCUUUCUUUUUAUUUUUAUUUACCUGAAAGUCAAAGAGACAGUGAGGAACUCAGGAUUCCUGUCUCUGCACUGUGGGUUUCUCAGCUGCGCCUCACCCCUGCAUGCUCUCCCUCCCUGAGCUCCUGCACCCUUCCCUCUUUUCUUCACAUGAGUUAUAGCUACAGAUUAGGCCAUCAAGCUCAUAUUGCUUACACUGCAAUUUCCAGAGAAACUUUCAGAUUGUCCCAGCUGCCCAGUUUGAGAUUUUAUCCCAAAGGCAGCUCUACCUUGCGAGAACCAAGCAGCAACUCAAGGCCUUACAUAAGAAGGAUACUGAGACUCCAUCACAUCCUCCAAGGACCUUAAAAUAAGAAUGUGUAUCAGCCUUUUCCACAGGCUGAUAAUCACUGUCUUCUCUUUCCGUUAUGUUAGAGACCUGAGCUGAAGGAAAAACAAACCUUAGAUUCAGCGGGUUCCUUAUUGCCAGAGGCUUCACUGGCCCUGGAGUUAUUUUUCUCCAGUCUGUCCACAAAUUAGCUCCUUAGGGCCAGCUCAUCCCUUUAGAGAGGGACGCCCUCCAAGGCUUUUCCUAAGUCCUGCCAUGGGUGCCAGAAAUGUGAUACA